AUGUUUGCCACCGCGCUAAGUUUUGUUUGGCGGAUUAAACUGCCACCGUCGGCGGAUGUGUCUCAGGUCGCCGUUGAUCCAUGCACUGGAUCCUUUGCUUUAAUGGGGGCCUGCCGUUGGAACCCCAUGCGCCUUCGUCCUCGCGGGGAUGGGGCACGUUGCUUUGCACCGCGUGCAGUCGAGGCCGAAGCUUUCACCGGCAAUGCCUCUGGCGGGGUGGUGCCUUGUGCGGUUGGUGGUCCUCUUUUGCGGAUACAAACUAGAACUGAGGGGAGAAGAGGGGGAGGGGGGGGGGUGAUGAACGCGCAGGGGCGUAAGUUGCGGGCUAGCUUGGACGCAACGGAACACAACUCCUAA